GCUUUAAGUAAUGGACAAGGCUAAGUUCAACGAGUCAUAUGCUUUUGUUUAUCAUAAAAAGGAAAACUCCUUUCUUACCAAACGAUAUGUAAUACGUAUAAUAUGAAAAAAUUAAAUAAGUUCACUUAAAUUUGGCGACAAAUAUAUUAAAAUUCAUAAACAUAUGGAUUUUGAAGGUACAAAUUUAUUGUCAACGAUUUAUAAUAGACACGCUCUAUUAGGUAUGAAUUAGAUGGCAAAGGAUCAUUACUAUAAGGUUGACUGUUUUCAACGCAUCAUCGGAUAACAUUGAUAUCUUUCUAACGGAACACUGUGUAAUAUUAUUUAAAGAUGUAUCUUUGUAAAGGAAAAGUAAGUUCUCGAAGAUGUUUAUCGAUGUUCAAAGAUUGAUCGAGGGAGAAGAAAUCAAUAAAGGGGAUGAUAUCGUAGCUCGAGACUUUAAUGAGGGUUUAGCCUGGGUCUGUUAAGGUCCCCCUUUGUACAAAAGCGAGGAAAUUCAGUGAAAGAAGCAUCAGUGACAGUGCUUUCGAGAUACAGUAACGUAAUACCAUCGUUAGUUACCUGGAGAUAUUAAAAAAAGAUAUUUAUAUUUUCUCUCCAUUCAAGGUGAUCAGAGUGCAGCUAGUGAGAUGUCAAGGAAAUGGUGGUGGUGGUCCAAGUACUUUUGGAUACGACGCAUCAUCAGCGUGCAGCAAACCAUAUUCGCGUGCCGGACGUACAAUUGCAUUCGCCAUCGUUAAUCUUCCAUGUGACUUUCGCCGGCAGAGCUGGUGCACAAUCGCUGGUAGCUCCUAUCCCUGGCAUGCCGUACGUCGUUUUGUACAAGAAAAUCAAGGUCUGAUGAGACGUAUGUAUGGCGAUGAAAAAUAUAUAAACGUUUUGAAGGCAGAAUUUGAGAAGAAUGACAUAGAAUUAAAGUAUGAUGAUUACUAUCAUCAUUUUUCCGAUGACUCUAGGGGAUAUCAAUACGAGGACGAGUUUGAUUCGAUAGAAGACGAAGAGAGGAUUCUAAGAGUCGAUGACGAAGAAUAUGGGGGUCGUAGUUUCACUAGUAGAUCCUUUAACGAUCCUACAACUAAGAGAUUUGGUAAAUUUCCAAAAUUGAACGAAUACACCAGAUUGAAAGCGACCGAUGAUUCCUCCACUAGCACAACAACAAUGGUAACUUCUACAGCGACGAGUACAACAACGUCAUCGACUACGAUAGUGUCUUCCAUGGGAUCUUCGACUACGCCGGUAACCUCGACUAUGGUUGCCUCAACAACAGCUUCAUCAUCUAGCGUUGAUGUUACUACAAAAGAGAUCGAUAGUACACAAUCCUCGGCAUCAACGACACUUAAAAGAGUGGACAACGAAGUCGAAGUGAAGAACGAAACAGUUAUACACACGCAGAUCGUUCGCGAGCAGAAUUUAAGCAUCAACGAGAUAUCCGGACAAGUUGAUAGAAUAGAUGAGAAGAUUGAUGAAAAAGUUGAAGACAAAUUGGAAGAGCCAACGGAACAAACGGAAGUACCAGAAUUAGACAUCGAGGAUGAUUCGAAUAUUGAGAGUUUGGAUGCGCCAACUUCGUCAACAGUUUUCACUAAAGAUUCCUUCGACGUAGGCAAAGAAACGACUAUUCACGAGACCUUUGUCAGUGACGAUCAACAGAAAUUCAGACCGCGUCCAGAAUAUAGACCGUCGACGAGACCAGCAACGGUAAAUAUGGAAGGUCAGCUUUAUCAAGACGUUGCCGCGAAGGAUCAACAACAGGAACAACCUGUUUUGAAACUCCGUGGAGUAAAUGCCUGUCCUGUAAAAGAAGAAGUAGUAGCACCAUUUUGGGCUAAUAAUACUAGAGGCGAGGUACUUGCUCUGCUUAAUCUUUAUCCUUUUGAACAAUACGUCCAUUGGGAGAAGUGCACACACGAAAACAAGCAGAUGUACUGUAGGGAUGGAUGCAGAUGCGAACAGCAGUAUAGACUUCAUAGACUCUUAGCUUAUGAUCCCAAUAAUGAGUGUCGUGGCAUAUUUAGCGAUUGGUUCAAGUUUCCAAGUUGUUGUGUUUGUCGCUGUUACGACUUGCCUCUUGAAUUUCGGGUUACAUCGCGAUCGCCUCGCACUCAAAAACAAAGGCUCAGGGUCCAGCCACCUCGUUCUAGAUUCUCCUAAUAUUAAAUGACAGAAAAUAUACAUAGUGAGUCAUCGAAAAAGGUAUACAACGAAAUUUAGGUAAUGUAUAUUGUUUCACUUCAAAACCGAUUAUUACAACAAAUUAAACGUAAAAGACUGUUUUAAUAAGAAAAAUAAGAAAAAGUGAAGCAAUUUGUUUUGUUAGUUCACAUGAUGACGCAUCCUGUAUAUUCAUAUAUAUAUAUAUAUAUAUAUAUAUAUAUAUAUAUAUAUAUAUAUAUAAUAUACAUACAUAAUAUACCUAUAAAUGACAAGAUUUUCGUAUACGUUAGCAGCGCUCUUGUAUAAAAACUUAGAUUUAUUUGCGCACGCAAAUAACGAAGGUUAUUUAUUUAACGAAGAAGAUUUAUUUAUACUUUCAAUAGAGACAAAUAAGAUAAUGGUUUAUUAUUAACUAAUUUGUUAUUAUUAACUAUUAACGCGAUUAUUUAAUCAUAAUUAAUACCAAAAUAAGUACAGUCGUACAAUACGAUCGUUUGACAAAAAAUAUUAAUAUAUAAAUAUAUUAUAUAUACAUAUAUAUAUAUACAUAAUACAUAAUUAUAUAUAUAAUAAUAUAAUAUAUAUUAUAUGCAUACAUAUAUAUACAUAAUACAUUUAUGUAUUAUUAUAAAUAUAUAUACAUACAUACAUACAUACAUACAAAUAUUCUAUUCAAUAACAAAUGUCUUCAGAUAUAAUAUUUGUUAUGUAGUUUAAAAAAAAAGAAGUAUAAGGCUCGUGAGUAAAAUGAUUUAAACAGCAUACAUCUUUCGUUACUUUCAUUUAUUAAUAAUUUGCGUUUGAACGAUUUUAUAUACAUUUAUAGAUACACGCAACACGCGUAUUUUGCUUGCACGCGAUUCGCUGACUUAAUUAUCUAUGAUUAUAUAAGUAUAUAUAUAUAUA